ACACGACCAGGGCAGAGUGAACCUUCUCCUACCAGAUAUGGACUGUAUGGAUUUUCCGAAAGUUUUCCCUAACUCUCCGAGGAAAACGCAAGGCCAAAUCCAGAUCAUCUUUGGACCGAUGUUUUCAGGCAAAAGCACCGAAUUAAUGCGAAGGGUGCGCCGUUUCCAAAUAGCCCAGUACUGCUGCUUGGUGGUGAAAUAUGCCAAAGACACACGCUACUCUGACACAGGCAUGGCCACACAUGACAAAAACACAAUGGAGGCUGUUGCUGCAAAUUGUCUCAGAGACGUGCGCUCAGCGGCAUCACAAGCGAGUGUCAUUGGAAUAGAUGAAGGACAGUUUUUUCCAGAUACAGUGGAGUUUUGUGAGGAGAUGGCCAAUUUGGGCAAGACUGUCAUUGUUGCUGCCUUGGACGGAACCUUCCAGAGAAAGCCGUUCGGAAACAUCCUCAACCUCGUCCCGCUGGCGGAAAGUGUGGUGAAGCUCCACGCCGUCUGCAUGCAAUGUUACAAAGAAGCUGCCUACACAAAGAGGAUUGGAGCGGAGAAGGAGGUGGAAGUGAUUGGUGGAGCUGACAAAUAUCAGGCAGUUUGUAGGAAGUGCUUUGGAGAUUCGAUAUCAGCCAAAGAAAACCAAGGACCCUUCCUUAGGGAUGAAACUCCCCAACAAGUACUCAAUGGGAAACGCUCUGACUCUGCAAUUCCCAGGAAGCUGUUUUCAUCCCUUCAUCUCUGAACAUGCACACAUGCUUGCUAAAGAAGAACACACACACGGGAGUAGGAUGAAAUGAUUAAUCAUAUAUUAGGGUUUGGAUGGGACAAUAUUUUUCUGGUCCCAAAACUGCUUGGUGUAAUUGUCUCAACAACCCUCCUAUCAAUCCCAUGUGUGUGUGUGUGUGUAUAUAUAUACAUAUACAUAUAUACACGCACACACCUUAUUUAAGUGUUGCUCAGCUUUGGUUACCGUCAAAUUUUCUAAAGACGCCUUUUUCUAAACAGUGGUUUACCUGACAGUACUUAAUUAUACUAGGUGUAUUAUAAGAAACAUGCAUAGCAUCACUUUUACAAUAUACUAGAUGUAGUAUGAGAAGCAUUUACAUUUGCAGAGAAGUAUUUAAGUGCAUGGGUGAUUGUUUUUUUCUUG